CCGAGCCGGGCCGGGCCGACGAUGGCGGCCAACCUGAGCCGCAACGGCGUCGCUCUUCAGGAGGCCUACGGCCAAGUGGUGGCCGAGAAGUCGCCGACGGACUGGGCUCUGUUUACCUACGAAGGCAACAGCAACGACAUCCGGGUGGCCGGCACUGGAGAUGGGGGCCUGGAAGAGAUGGUGGAGGAGCUGAACAGCGGGAAGGUGAUGUAUGCUUUCUGCAGGGUGAAGGACCCAAACUCCGGUCUGCCCAAGUCGUCCUCGUCAACUGGACCGGCGAAGGCGUGAAUGACGUGCGGAAGGGAGCCUGUGCGAAUCAUGUCAGCACCAUGGCCAACUUCCUCAAGGGUGCCCACGUGACCAUCAACGCCCGGGCGGAGGAGGACGUGGAGCCGGACUCUAUCAUGCAGAAGGUCGCCAAGGCCUCGGGGGCCAAUUUCAACUUCCACAAGGAGAGCAGCCGCUUCCAGGACUCGGGCCCACAGGUGCCAGUGGGUUCCGUGUACCAGAAGACCAACGCCGUGUCGGAAAUCAAAGGGGUCGGCAAAGACAGCUUCUGGGCCAAGGCUGAGAAAGAUGAGGAGAAGCGGCGGCUGGAGGAGAAGCAACGGCUGGAAGAAGAGCGGCGGCGGCUAGAGGAAGAGCGGCGGGAGCGGGAGCUGCAGGAAGCCGCCAACCGCGAGCGGCGCUUCCAGGAGCGGGCCAGCGAGAUCGACAGCCGGAGGAAAUUCCAGCAGAGCCAGGAAAUGGAGGUCAGAGAGCAACAGGGUGAAGCUUCCCAGCAGCCAGCCAACCCUCGGGACAUAUUUAAGCAGAAGGAGCGGGCAGGGGCCCCCGCGGUGGUCACCAGCCCCCAACCAGGAAAACUGCGGAGUCCCUUCCUGCAGAAGCAGCCCCAACAGCCGGAGGUGCCCCCUGGCCGAGAGCCGAGUCCAGCCUCCUCUCCGGCACCGGGCCCAGUCCGUCAGGCCGAGCCGGCCCCCAGCCUCCCACCCUCAGCGGCACAGGAGGAAGAGGAAGCGGUGUACGAGGACCCCCCACAGGCGGAGAGUUUCUAUGAGGAGCCCCCUCAGGUGCAGCAGGAGGACGCCGGCUGCGACUACCCUGAGCACUACAAGCAGGAGCCCGAGCUGGCAGGGAAGGGGCUGUGCGCCCGCGCCCUCUAUGACUACCAGGCGGCCGACGACACCGAGAUCUCCUUUGACCCCGGCGACCUCAUCACUGGCAUCGAGGUGAUCGACGAGGGCUGGUGGCGUGGCUAUGGCCCGGACGGGCAUUUUGGCAUGUUCCCCGCCAACUACGUGGAGCUGAUCUAGCCAGGACCACCCGUCGCCCGGUGGUACCCUGGGGCAGAGGCCGGGCCGGAGUCGGAAUGCCAUCCUCGGGGCUGGCGUUCUCGGGGGGCUUGGCCCCUAUUCCAGGGACAGGUGUC